AUGAUGAUCGAGGAGAAGGACAACUACUCGGUGUUGAUGAACUAUCUAACGUAUAUUCGUCAGUCGAUCGAUGCACUCGACCCGUACUCAAAGAACAUCAGAAGAAUCGCCAAUCACGGUAUUCAUAUCCUGGUGGAGGAGUACAAAGACAAGAAAUGGAAGGUUCAAAAGUUCCAAUCGCAAAUGAAUCUACCAAAGGAAUUCUAUAUCUAUCAGCCCGAUGUCGAUUUUAAGGAGUACGACAGAGACACCACCGACAAACUACCAGACUUUUUCGUUGUUACCACCGGAAAGGGUGCAGACCGUAUCAAUGAGAGUGCCUACUUUGAAAAGAACACUCCCAAGAAAGCACCACCUCAACCCGGUCAUGACCAAUCUGAUUCUGAGAUGACCGAAGAGAAAGCUAAUCAAGAAGCAGAAGCAGAGGAAGCAGAAGCAGAGGAAAAGGAAGAGGAAGAGAAAGUUGUUAAAAAAGUAACCAAGAAGAAAGCGACACAAAGAGGAAAGAAAAAGGUUGUGGAGGAGGAAGAUGACAAUCAAGAAUCGGAAAAAGAUGAUAAUACAGUUCAAAAUGAAAAAGAGAAUGAGGACGACGAAGAACAAGAUAAAGAUGUUCAAAUGAAAGAUACUGCAGCUGUAGCUCAAGAAGAAGAAGAGAGAGAAGAAGAAGAAUUAUAA